AUGAAGAUUUAUGCAGAAAUUUAUGGCGAAACUCCAAAUCUCACCGAUCAAACGUGGAAAAUUCUUAUCGAUAUGAUUAAUUGGGAAGAUAGAUAUCAAUAUUUAUUAGAAUUACGCAAAGCCGCUGCUGCAGAAGAUUUAACGCCCGAACUAGAAGAACCUAUUUCCAAAAUAAACCAAAGAAGGUUUGACAAUGGAGAAAUGGUAUACGCUAGGCAUUUUCAUACACCGCUAGAUAUUUAUGGAUCCGAUUUCAGAAACAAAAUCGAUGCCCAAUAUGGAGCUAACCUCCUAAAACAAGACAAGGUUCCCAAAUUUAUUGUGGAUUGUCGAUUUUUGCGUGAAUAUUCAGUGAUUACUCAAGCAAGAUUUGUCAAACAAAUGCAAAGCCUUCAUGAUGAAAAUUGGAUUUCAAAUUUGCCAAUGGAAAUUCAUUUUGCCAAUUAUAGGCCAGAUUCGCAGUUGUCUACAAUAGCUCAAAAAAAUCUAUUAUUUUGCUUUGGACCACCUUCCUUGAAAGGAAAAUUCAAGCCUCAUCCGUUUGCCCCAAAUCUAACAUCCAAACGAGUUAAUCAAAUAUUGCCCAGUGAGAAAUUAAUGUACAUUUCACCAAAAGCGACUCGCUAUGUUCCCGAUGUGAUUCCCAGCGAAAUCGAAGGCGUCGUUAUUUGCCUAUCGAACGAGUCGUCGCCAGCAACUAGUAGUACUUCAGCCUGUAUCAUGGACAAAGUGCAGCCGUAUAGAAUUCCAGUCAGAAAAUAUAUGGCAAAUGACGUGAAUAUGGGUAAAAUUCAGCUCCCAAUAAUGGCAAAACUGUUCAGAGAUUACUUCAAUGGUUCAAGUAUUCGAGAAAUACCGCGUUUCGAGACGCCAUCAAUCAAACCAGGACGUUCGCGAUGA